CGCAUGCUCAGAUGCCUUCAAGAUGGCGGCUGCGGCUGCAGCACGAGCGGUUCCUGUGAGCUCUGGAUUCCGAGGCCUGCCACGAACACUGCCACUUGUAGUGAUUCUCGGGGCUACUGGCACUGGCAAGUCCACUCUGGCUCUGCAAUUAGGCCAGCGCCUCGGCGGCGAGAUCGUCAGCGCCGACUCCAUGCAGGUCUAUGAAGGGCUAGACAUCAUCACCAAUAAGGUCUCUGCCCAGGAGCAGAAGCUGUGCCGGCAUCACAUGAUCAGCUUUGUGGAUCCACUCGUGACCAGCUACACCGUGGUGGACUUUAGGAACAGAGCCACUGCCCUGAUUGAAGAUAUUUUUGCUCGAGACAAAAUUCCUAUUGUGGUGGGAGGAACCAAUUAUUACAUUGAGUCUCUGCUCUGGAAAGUUCUUGUGACUACCAAGCCCCAGGGAAUGGGCACUGGGAAAGCGGUUGAUCGGAAAGUAGAACUUGAAAAGGAAGAUGGUCAUGAACUCCAUAAACGGCUAAGCCAGGUGGAUCCAGAAAUGGCUGCCAAGCUACACCCACAUGACAAACGCAAAGUGGCCAGGAGCUUGCAAGUGUUUGAAGAAACAGGAAUCUCUCACAGUGAAUUCCUUCAUCGUCAACACGCAGAGGAAGGCGGUGGUCCUCUUGGAGGCCCUCUCAAGUUCCCUAACCCAUGCAUCCUCUGGCUUCAUGCUGACCAGGCAGUUCUAGAUGAGCGCCUGGAUAAGAGAGUGGACGACAUGCUUGCUGCCGGACUCUUGGAAGAGCUGAGAGAUUUUCACAGACGCUAUAAUCUUAAGAACGUUUCAGAAGAUAGCCAGGACUAUCAACAUGGUAUCUUCCAGUCAAUUGGCUUCAAGGAAUUUCACGAGUACCUGACCACUGAGGGGAAAUGCACACCAGAGACUAGUAACCAGCUUCUAAAGAAAGGGGUUGAGGCUCUGAAACAAGUAACUAAGAGAUAUGCCCGGAAACAGAACCGGUGGGUUAGAAACCGCUUUUUGAGCAGACCUGGUCCCAGUGUCCCCCCGGUAUAUGGCUUAGAAGUAUCUGAUGUUUCCAAGUGGGAGGAGUUUGUUCUGGAGCCUGCUCUCAGUAUAGUCCAGAGUUUCAUCCAGGGUAGCAAACCUACAGCCACUCCAGUGAAGAUACCAUACAGUGAAACUGAGAACAAGAGAAGUUACCACAUGUGUGACCUUUGUGACCGGAUCAUCAUUGGGGACCGGGAAUGGGCAGCACAUACAAAAUCCAAAUCUCACUUGCACCAAUUGAAGAAAAGAAGAAAGUUGGACUUGGACGCUGUCAGUGCCUUAGGAAGCCAAAGUAAUUCACCAGACAGUGAGCUGGAACGCAGAGAGGGGAAUCCUCAGGACAGCGUGAUCAAGAGCUAAAGGCCAGUGUUUGAGAGACAUGCCCAGUGACCUUUGCAGAGAUGUGGGGAUCGAGCCCAGGAGGGAGGGGAGUGUCUCUCUUCCACGCCUGGGCUGAGGAACACUGGGCAGAAAGCCCCACCAUCUUCUGUCAUUCUGUGGCGUGGUCUGCACAGGAAACAGCAGGCCUUUCAGCUCCUUGUGUGCCUGUUGUGUCUGGUAAUGAUGUGGCUCAGGGUGGGAUUUUUUUUUCUUUGAACCUUAAAGGUUUUAUUUUAGAAAGAGGCACAGAUUGCACAUUUUCUACUUGAGGAUCUUUUUUAGUGGUGAAUACCAAGAUUCAGUACAUCCUUUAAAGAGAGUUCUUGUCCCUGGCGCUGGCUAAAAAUAGUCUCAUUUCCAGAUGCUUUUGUAGAUGACUGAAGUAUUGUAAGGCACAGUCAGGAGUUCUGGACAGGAGAACGGCAGGAAGGAGUGGCCCAGAGAGAUGAGUAAGCGAGCUGCCCCAGCUCUGAAUCUGCAGCAGAGGGGGUCAGGCCGAGGUGGCUGUGACCUGGAUCGUGAAGGCUAAUGAAAGAAUCUGUGUCCCUUGAGCUGCUCCUGUGCAUGGUGGCCGUCGUCGCUGGCCAUCUAGGGCAGACACGAUCAGAUUUCUUUGAAAUGUAAAUAAAGAUUUGUAAAAGCCCUGUAGUGUA